AUGUCCACGUCUGCGCCAAGCCGCAAGCGGAAUCGAUCGGGUCCGCAGGAGUACUUCCCUUCCAACAACUAUGAUAUAAAGUGGAUGUCCUCGCCAAUGUCAAAUCUGGUACAUCCUACUAUCAUGUCAACACUCAGCAUCCUCCCUCCUAGGUCAAGCUCAUGGGCUGAGACGCUGACCUAUUUUAGUGCGGUCGAUGACACUGUGAGGGAGGGAGGAACCAGCAAGUCUUAUAUGACCGUAGUGAAAUUUCCUCAUGCCGAUACCGCCUGUUUUCAAGGGUUCCUUGAUACAACCACCCUUCGUGGUGCAGGCUUCGCUUCUCAUGCAUAUUAUGGCCCUUUGCCAGCCGAGUUAUCCCCUUCGACUCACUCCGGCAUCAAACUCACCCUUCUGGUCCCAAUCGAACCUAGUGGCGUCGAUGCCACCAAAACAUCCAGUUUCACUCCUGGAGGUGGUCUUCAUUCCGUAACGAGAUACGUUCUAAGCUUCAAGACCAACGCUCCACAACGUGAACCAGAUGGUGGAAGGGGAAGCGUCAUCACUUACGACUUGGCCUUCGAACCAUCCAGCCCUUCUCCGGACCCUUCCAGCCCUUGGUCCCGUUCGGCUUUGGAAGCUGCUCGUGAUCGGAUUGAUAUGGCAUCGUGGAACACGAGUUUGGGGGGCCGAACAGUGCUGGGACAGACGAAGUUGGUUACUUUAGGUGCAUCGUGGUCCGAUUUCGUGCCCACUCAUCGUGGAAAAGAAGUUCCGAGGGACAAGGCGCCUCUUUUAGACCCCUCGGAAGUGAAGGUAAUCAGCUUUAUGGCACGAAGUGACUUUGGGGAACAAUCGGGGCCUUUCGAACUGCACAUCAUAUCACUGGAUGCUGUGCCACAAUGA